UGGGGGUCCUCAGUGCCUAACUGCUGUUUCGUUAGCCGACGACCGACUUGUCCUCAUCGUUGCCUUGUCCUCUUGCACAUGUCGUACUUAUAAGACCUUAUAUCCAUCCUCCGUAGAUAUCCCCCCAUAUCUUAUAAUCAGUGAUAACUCCAAGAAUCCCAAUUUGAACUGGACCGGCGAAAAUGCCUCCAUAUUGCAUACUACAAACUUCUCUUCGAGCAUGGGAGAAGUCUUCGAUGGUACUCAACACAGGCUCCUGGAGUACUAAAACUAUCAUGUCGAGAAUAUGGGUCAUGCUAAUCCUAUUCUGUGUCUCGCUCUUCGCUGCAUGGUUUCCGACAUUAUCCAAGCGAAUACACCGUCUACGUGUACCUCGCAUAGUCUUCUUCAUUGGGAAGCAUUUUGGUACUGGAGUGAUCCUGUCUACUGCGUUCGUACACUUGAUGCAGGACGCGUUCGAGAGCCUAUACCAUCCGCUUGUGAAGGCGAGGUGGGGUGUAGGAAGGUGGACCGGGCUCAUUAUGCUGUGUUCCCUUCUGACUAUAUUUUUUGUUGAAUAUAUUUCCACAUCGUUUGUGGACCGCCUUCAAUCGUAUUCCUCUCCUUUGCCAUCCCCUCCCUCCUCAUCCGCCACUUCACGCACUGCUUCACCCUUACCCUCAAUACCCCGCACCGAAGAGCCUGCGCCACUCGAGAAUGAGACCUCACCACUAUUGUCUACCACCACGGACGGCGAAUACGGCGCUCUAUCCCACACCAAAUAUGCUCCAGGUUGUGAAGCUACACAUCCUGUGCUAGAACACCUGCAGCACCGCUCUAUCUCAAUCGCCGUGCCACCCAGCGGCAACCAAGAUGACGAUUUCUUCCCAGGUGGACACCACAGACAUGAACCCAGAAAUUCACAUUCCUCACAUUCUGAUAGAGGGCCUGGACGGAGACAGUCUCUGGCUAAUAUCUCGGACCAUGAGGCAGUGGCACAAGCGAAGAAAGACAAACAAAUCGCUACGCAGAUUACUAAUGGGCAUCAAGAGGAGAUUCACCAUGACCAUCAUCGCCAUCAUGAACGCCACCAUUCGCAUGAUCAUGCCCAUGUACAUUUGACGAUGGAGGAAUGGAAUCCUGAUUCCAAUGGAGACGAAACUGCUGUGGACGAGAGGUCAGAAAUCAAGAUUGGUCAUAGAAGGCAGGUGGUUGGGAUACUGAUGUUGCAAAUCGGUAUCAUGAUCCAUUCGCUGGUCAUCGGCUUGACGCUGGCGAUCACAUCUGGAACAGAAUUCACAUCACUUGUCGCCGCUAUCAUCUUCCACCAACUCUUUGAGGGUCUUUCCCUUGGUAUCCGAAUAGCCAACCUUCCUUCGAGUCCUCUGAAUGCUGGUUUCACUCGUCGGCUACUCAAACCUAUACUCGCUUUCACCUUUGCAAUCACUACGCCCGUAGGCAUUGGAAUCGGUUUGGCAACGUUCAGUCCUGGACGUGGUGACGGCGCCUAUCUAAGACUCGUCCAAGGUCUCAUGUCGGCCAUCUCAGCGGGCAUGCUCAUAUACGCCGCAUGUGUCGAAAUGCUCGCUGGCGAUUUCGUGAUGGAUCCUCUGCUUUGGAGAAGCAGCAUCAAACGACAGGUACUCGCGUUGGGAAGCGUGUUGGCAGGUGUUGCUGCUAUGGCGUUGAUCGGGUGAGCGCUUCUUGUUGAUUUGCGUGGGUGUAUGCGUGACUAACUGCUCGGAUUCGGUUGUUGACUUGAAUAGAUUAUGGGAUUGAGUCAUGUCUUUUUUUCUUGGAUAUUGUAUACUACGGGUUUGUAUAAUAUAAGGUCACAGCUUAUCUUACUGUAGCGACGACAUGCACGCUUGCAUGGGGUAUACCACGUCUAUAUUCGAUAUGGCUUUGGAGUUCAAUGUUCAAUGGUAGUGCGAGUCAUUUGGAGUUC